UAUUGCCAAACAGUAGGGCAGCCAGUUAGCCAACAGUGGUCGAUCGAGCCAGUCGGAAGUUUCAAUUGAGAUCGUUACAAAAAGCGAGAGCCAUGAUAGGAUAUAACUUAUGUGUCUUUCUGAUAACAGCAGUCGUUUUCAGCCAGCUGGACAGUACUGUAGCCAUACCGUGCUAUUCUUGCAAUUCAACGGGAACUGACGCUGGGAACUGUCUUAUGAGUCCAUCUACCCAAAAUUCAAUAGAUUGCGAGACUGGUUGUUCUACCUCGAUAUCCGAAGAUGGAACACUAAUUCGCGGCUGCCAAUUAACAAGCUGCACUUCACCCUCCUGUUGGUCCUGCCAAACGGAUAAUUGCAAUACCAACAUUGUGUGCAAGGAGUGCCUUGGGCUAGAGGAUUGUGCCACGGCCAAUGUGACGGAUGCGAAAUACAAUGCGGUGUGCCCGGCCAGCGGGGACCAGCAGUGCGUGAGCCAGGUGAAUGGCAACAAGACGGUGAGCCUUUUGUGUGGCACCGCUUGUUCGAGCGCCACAUGCUCCUCCUGUGCGACGUCUCUCUGCAAUGCGAAUUUAUAUCCCGCCGAUCGUCGGCAGUGCUAUAGUUGCUCAGGAACGGAUUGCAAUAAGUUUGAGGAGUCGAUGAUCACGGGAUGCAGUCAAACCGAUGCCAAGUGCUUCACCACCGGAACGUCUGAGACCAAUAUGACCCGUGGCUGUACAUCGGCUGACACGGCAAUUAAGUGUGCGGCGGAUAGCACCGAUCCCGAUUGCCUUAUAUGCGACACAAACUUGUGCAACACGCUGCAGUAUCAAAGGGACGCCGGAUCCUGCCUCAUUUGCGACAACUGUGCCGCCCAACAGGAUGCGAACGAUAAGAAGUCCUGCGACCUGGCCCUUUACAAUCAGACUAUCGGAUGCUACACGGUGACUACGGGCACCACUGUAAGUCGAGGAUGUUUGAACAAAUUGGACGGAGAGUGCUCUGCGACCAAUAACUGCACAUCCUGCUCGGAAUCCGGAUGUAAUGUGGCCGCCGUGGACGUGGCAUUCGAGUGCAUCGCCUGCAUUUCGAAUGAGGUUGCCGACUGCUGGUCAGCCACUAAGCCGGAAGAACUGCCUGUGGUAAAGUGCGACAACGGAACCUGUUUCAGCGGAAUUUGGAGAGGACUUGGAGUUCGAGACUGUUUUACCUCCGCUAGCCAGUUGAUGCAGUACCAGUGCGACCACAAAGUGGAGGGCCAUCAGUGCACUACGUGCACCACGCCCACCAAGUGCAACAAAGAUCCCUUUAACGGAGCAGCCUCUCUCAGCCAGAUGGGCGUGGUCGGUCUGCUGAUGACCCUAAUGCUCGCACUUCGCAGUAGCCUGUAAUCCUGGAACUUUAUAGAUAGUUGGCUAAUCUAGCCAAGUUACCAGGUGGUGGAUGGGUCUAUGACUCAUGCAGAG